GAGAUCUCGCCUCACAGUGGGACUGUUGCAGCCAGGGGAGGCGAGGGGAAGAGCUGAAGUGUCACGUGACAGCAAGGCUGCGGCAGCUUCUCCUAUAAACCUGUAGGGAGCCGAUCGGUGCGUGUGAGUUGGGCUCCGGAUACAAGUCUCGCUCUCUGGGCGCAGUUCUGAAAGCUUUCCGUCUUGUGGUUGUGGAAUUCUCCUGAUACAGUAUGGCUGGGGCUAUCAUUGAGAACAUGAGCACCAAGAAGCUGUGCAUGGUAGGAGUCGCGCUACUACUCUUACAAGUGCUGGCAUUCCUAGUCGGGGGGCUGAUUGCUCCGAAACCAACUUCGUAUGUAAAUCCUGUUGCAAUGAAAUGUGUUGAUGUACGGAAAAAUCAUCGGAGCUCCAAGUGGCUUAUGCCCUGGGGGACAGAACCAUGCAAAAGUAUUCAAAGUUUUGAUGAGGCUGCAAACCGCAUGAUUGAAGCAAAUGAUAUUGUGUUUGCUGCCCAUAUUCCCAACAGCCAGUUUGAGAUGAGCCCCUGGUUCCAGUUCAUGCUAGUCGUCCUACAGUUGGACAUUGCCUUCAAGUUGAACAAUUACAUAGAGGAAAAUUCUAUGGUAACUCUUGAUGUGUCCGUGGCAUACCGUGAUGACCUAAAGGAGGAGUGGAAAGAAUUGGCUAGUUCAGUGGAACAGAGAAAAUUAAACUGUAUACUACCUGUUGAAAAGACACUGGCAAAUGAAGGUCGCCAUUAUGACUGUGACGUAAUUCCCCUCAUGGAACUUGGCAGCGUGUCACACAAAUACUACCUUUUUAAUAUUCGACUCCCUGUAAAUGAAAGGAAGAAAGCGAAUAUUGGAAUUGGAGAAAUAAGAGAUCUGCAUGUUGUGAGUAUCUUCCAGAAUGGAGGCUUUACAAUGGUGUGGUUUGCUAUGAAAACAUUCCUCACACCAAGUAUUAUUAUUAUUAUGAUUUGGUAUUGGAGAAGAAUAACUAUGAUGACCCGGUCACCUGUUCUUCUGGAGAAAGUUAUUUUUGCUUUAGGCUUUUCAAUGACCUUCAUUAACAUUCCUGUUGAGUGGUUCUCCAUUGGAUAUGACUGGACCUGGAUGCUGCUAUUUGGAGAUAUCCGUCAAGGGAUUUUCUAUGCAAUGCUGCUGUCCUUUUGGAUUAUCUUCUGUGGCGAGCACAUGAUGGAUCAGACUGAAAGAAAUCGAAUCUCUGUGUACUGGAAACAAGUUGGGCCAAUUGCUUUUGGAUCAUGCUGUCUCUUUAUAUUUGAUAUGUGUGAAAGAGGAGUACAGUUGAAGAAUCCAUUCUACAGCAUUUGGACAACAGAUGUAGGAGCGGAAAUUGCUAUGGCAUUCAUUAUUGUAGCAGGAAUUUGUGCAUGCCUUUAUUUCUUGUUUUUGUGCUUCAUGGUAUAUCAAGUCUUCAGAAACAUUAGUGGAAAACAGUCAAAUUUACCAGCAAUGACCAAAGCCCGGAGACUGCAUUAUGAGGGUUUGAUAUUCCGCUUUAAAUUCCUGAUGAUCAUCACCCUGGCAUGUGCUGCAUUAACUAUAGUCUUCUUCAUUACUACUCAGAUUACUGAAGGCAACUGGAAAUUGGGCGAUUUGAGCAUUGAGCUGAAUAGUGCCUUCUUUACUGGGGUCUAUGGCAUGUGGAAUCUUUAUGUCUUUGCUCUGAUGUUCCUUUAUGCUCCUUCACACAAGCACUAUGGAGAUGGCCAGUCUAAUGAUGGUGCUGGAAUGAGCAGUGGAGAGGAACUUCAACUAACAACCACAAUCACCCAUAUCGAUGGACCUACGGAGGUUUAUCGGCUGGCUGGCAAGGAGGCCCAGGAGUAAACCCCCAGUCUUAGGGUGGGACUAAUAUGUAGACAUUCUAGUUUAUAUAGCCCACUAUUACAUGUUACAAAAUAGCCUUUUAUACAAAUACCAUAUUUAUAGCUCAAUUUCUCUUUUGUUAGAGGAGUGGCAUGGCAUUUAUUUGUACUGUAGCUUUGUUUUUUAUACAUAUAUAAAGUUGGUGGAAGAGUGCUUUUUCACACUUAGUAAUCUACAACUUUUUCACUGCUGCUCAAUGGUUACCGUGGGUCACAUUUUAUCAAAAUAAAUAAUUGAGUUAAUUUUAUUAGGCAUGCAAAAAAAACUUAAAUAUCUCGCCCACCCAAGAAACUUAAAUGCUUUGCAACUAUUUGUAUACAUUUUUUUUUUUUUUAUCUUCCCUUUUGAGGGGUAAAAAUAGAAACGGUUCUGGUCAUCAACAAAAACAACAAAUCAACGAAUCACUUUUUGUUGAUAUGUUUGGAGAUAUGUUAUUGGCCCCAUGUGUUAUUGGUCAGUUGUUUUGUUAAGAAAUGUGGUUCAUUGUGUCCCCCUGGUGUAAGUAUUUCUAUAAGUAGAACUUCUUUCAUUGGGAACACUAUAUACUAACGUGCACACGUGCUGCCUUUUUCAGAUGCAAUAUCUAAUAAGCAAUAAAAUUGUUUUGGUUUUGUA